GCCGGCCUCGCCUUCUCCUUUUCCCCUCGUCAUCCUCCCCUUUGAUCGCGAAGCACGGCCGUCUUCUUUUGUCUCCCCUUCAACCCUCCUCGAGCGCAUUCCCUUCGAAGCCCCCCGAGGGGCGCAACCAGUCGCACCAACGCCCUACAAAGCUCGACUUCCCCAGAUCGAUCGUCUUCAUGCAGAUGCUAUUGCUGUCCCUCCAUUUCCAGCAUUGACUACGUCCUAAUCUUAACCUCGAGUUGGGCGAUCAACUCCUUUCCGCUCCGCUCACGGCGAGCAUCCUUCUUUCCUGACUCCAGCUAUGGAGACAAUCCCAUCAGGUGGCGAUCAGCCAUGGGCUCAAAGGGUCAUCUUGGCGACCGCGUCUCUGGCGCGAAGAGAUACGCAGACGGCAGGCGACGGCCAAAAGAGCGAAGGUAUCGGCAUUGUGUCCUUCCUGACGGCCAUCCUGGUCUCCGUGAUCAUUUUCUUCGUCCAGCUCCUAUUAUUCAUUCUUUUGAGAAACAAGCUAGCAAGAGUCUUCAAGCCAAAGACGUAUCUUGUUCCCGAGCGCGAGCGAACCGAAUCCCCUCCAAACAACUUCUUUCUGCUGAUUAGGGCCCUGAUUAAGUACAAUGACCGAGAGGUCAUCAACAAGUGCGGGCUGGAUGCUUACUUCUUCCUCCGCUACCUGAAGACGCUCCUCAUCAUCUUCAUCCCCAUCUGCGCCAUCGUGGUGCCCAUAUUGGUCCCUCUCAACUACGUCGGUGGUCGCGGUAAAAAUAUCGAUUUCCGCAACAGCACCGACUCAGAUUCGAGCAGCAACAGCAACAGCAGCACUGACAGCACCGAUCCCGCCUUUGUGCCCACAGGUCUGGACACCCUGGCCUGGGGAAAUGUCAAGGCGACGGAGACGAGUCGCUACGGUGCGCACCUGCUGAUGGCGCUCCUCGUCAUCAUUUGGGUCUGCAGUGUCUUCUUCUUCGAGAUGCGCGCCUACAUCAAGGUUCGCCAAGACUAUCUGACCAGCGCAGAGCACCGGCUCAGGGCCUCCGCCACCACGGUGCUGGUCAACUCCAUUCCCUCCAAGUGGCUGAGCGAGGACGCGCUGUCCGGCUUGUUCGACGUCUUUCCUGGCGGCAUUCGGAAUAUCUGGAUCAACCGUGAUCUGACGAGUCUCCUGGACAAGGUCAACCUCCGAACUGAGAUCCACGCACAGCUCGAAGCCGCCGAGACUGAACUCAUUCGGGCGGCCAAGAAAGUUCAGCUGAAGAGGCGAAAUGCCGAGGAAAAGAAGCAACGCAAAGGACUGUCAAAGAAGGAAAAAGCCACUCGACAGGCCGAAGAGGAUGCUGAGGCCAAGCGAAUGGCCAACAGCGGCGAAGGGACCAACGACGGCAAGCAGCACCACGUCCCUCAUACACUCACCAACGUCCGCGAGGAAUCCGACUCGUCCUCUUCCAGCUCCUCAGACUCUGACGACGAUGACCGGAAGUCCCACAUGUCCGAUGAUAGUAGCGUGGCGGUACUGAAGAACAUCAAGGGAGCCUUCAACAAGGCUGGCGACCAGAUGGACGAGUUUGGCACCAACAAUGGCUUCAUGAGUCUGGCACGCAAGUCUGCUGUCCCUGGAGAAGACGGAGGCUCUCAACCCCACGGUUACCCUUCAUUUGCGGCCCAUCGCGCGCAGACACAUUCGCGGGGACCGUCUUCGGCCUCGGCCGGAUCCACCAAAGCCAUCCGCGGCAACGGCCCAGUCACGGUAGAGGGAAACACUGUCCGGAAGCUCGACAACAUCAACGACAUGUAUAACAUGGAGGAGCCCAAGUUUUGGCAGUUUUGGAAGACACCCGCCGGCGGCUACGCUUCUCCAGUACCUCAACAGAACGAGGGCGACGAUUACGUGGGUAAGCAGGGCACCGAGGAGAGGACGCUGUGGCAAAACAUCAAGGGGCUUCUGCCCUUCACCGGCGAGAAGGCGACAGAGACGGGCGACUAUCCGGCUGUCUACUUCAACGAGGACUACAAGGUGGAAGAGGAAGAGACCGAGGCCGAGUGGGCAAAGUAUCUUAAGAAGAAAGACCGGCCCACUCACCGACUGUCUCCCUGGGGAAUCUCAUGGCUGCCUGGUCUGCCCUUGAUUAGCCAAAAGGUUGAUACCAUUUACUGGUGCAGAAAGGAGCUGGCUCGACUGAAUAUGGAAAUCGAGGAAGACCAGAAGCACCCCGAACGGUUCCCCCUUAUGAACUCUGCUUUUAUCCAGUUCAACCACCAGGUGGCAGCGCACAUGGCGUGCCAAAGCAUCAUCCACCACGUUCCCAGACAGAUGGCGCCACGUGUCAACGAGAUCUCGCCUCGGGACGUCAUCUGGGGCAACAUGGCUCUCUCGUGGUGGCAGGAGUGGGUUCGCACCGGUGCGGUUACUCUGAUGGUGCUGGCCAUGAUCUUCCUGUGGGCUAUUCCUGUUGCUUGGACGGCAGCCUUGGGUCAGCUAGACCAGCUUAUCCAGCAGACGUCUUGGCUCGGCUUCCUGAGGGAUAGCAAGGCUCUGGAGAAUGCGGCCAAGGCUGUUGCAGGUGUUUUGCCCGCUGCUGUGCUCGCUCUGCUCCUCUUCCUUGUGCCGAGGAUUCUCAGUAUCCUGGGCGAAAUUAAGGGUGCCAAGACGGGAGCGCAAAAGUCAGAGUUCGUGCAGGUCUUUUACUUUGCCUUCCUCUUCGUCCAAGUCUUCCUCAUUGUGUCCAUUGCCUCGUUCUUUGCCGCAUCCAUCGACAAGCUGGUGGACAACAUUACUGAGCUCGACUCGGUCAAGGCUGUGCUGGAUCUCCUGGCGACAAACCUCCCGAAAGCCGCCAACUACUUCUUCUCCUACAUGAUUCUCCAGGCCAUGUCCACCAGUUCCGGUACUCUGCUCCAGAUUGGAGCCCUCUUUGUAUGGUUCAUCUUGGCUCGCAUCUUUGACAACACUGCGCGUAGCAAGUGGGCUCGCAACACGAACCUGAGCGACGUGAACUGGGGCACCUUUUUCCCCGUCUACACCAACUUUGCCUGCAUUGCCAUCAUCUAUAGCGUUGUUGCGCCGCUGAUUUCCAUCUUUGCCGUCAUCACCUUUGGGCUUCUCUGGGUCGCCCAGCGGUACUCCAUGCUCUACGUUACUCGGUUCGAGGUCGACACCGGCGGCGUCUUGUAUCCUCGAGCGCUCAACCAGACGUUUACGGGCAUAUAUGUCAUGGAGCUGUGUUUGGCCGGAUUGUUUUUUAUUGUGGUCGACGACUCAGGCACUCACACCUGCACGCCACACGGCAUUGUCAUGAUUGUCUCCUUGAUCCUGACCAUUCUCUACCAGAUUCUCCUUAACAAGUCCUUUUCGCCUCUUUUCCGAUAUCUGCCCAUCACCUUUGAAGACGAGGCUGUGUUACGAGACGAAGCGUUCCAACGGGCUCAAGAUCGCCGCUUUGGACUUACCGCUGACUCUGACAACGAGGACAACGAGGGUCCUGGAGAGGCUGGAAGGGACAGGCACGCAGCUGAAAAGCCUUCCACAUCGAUGGAGAGCAGGGACGACAUUGAGUUGAGCAACAUCCAGCCUGAAAAGUCCAAGGGGGGUGUUGCGCGCAUCGCGAACCCUGUGAAGAAGGUGGGAUCCUGGGCCAAGGGAGGCGGAAAGCAGGUUGGAUCUUGGGCCAAAGAUGGGGGCAACCAGCUGCGAAAGCUGGCCUUGAUGGAUAACGACUCUCGAGCCGCCGAGUACCGACGAAAGCAGCGAAGCAAGGAUCUCGAAGCGCAGCGCGCCAUAGGAGAAGCUCUGUACGGAGGAAUCCACGACGAAAUCGAGGACCUUACCCCUGAGGAGAGGGAUGUCCUGGUUCGCCAUGCCUUUUUGCACUCUGCCUUGCGAGCGCGCCGGCCCGUUGUCUGGAUUCCCCGAGAUGAUUUGGGCAUCAGCGACGACGAAGUGCGCCGAACCCGCAGCUAUAGUGAGCACAUCUGGAUCAGCAACGAGGGCACUGCGCUGGACAGCAAGGUGCGCGUGGUGUACGGCAGAUACCCGCCGGAUUUCUCAGAGAUAGACCUGAUUAACCUGUGA